AUGGGCUUCAUCGAGCUCGAAGAAGCGUCCGACUCGGUCUAUCGUCUCACCGAAGCGCUCAAGAACUACCCACAAGCCUGCUAUGUCCUCUUCCUUUCAUCUCGAGAUGCCACAACGCAAGAAAUGUGGUGCGGAGACUGCACAGAAGCUUGGCCGAUCCUCCAAGCAGCUUUCAAUGUCGGUCCCGAGAAAGAUUGCCUGAUUGUUUGGGCGGGCAGCAAGCGAGAAUGGAAAGACGAAGCUAAUCCGCUCAGAGCCCUGCCUCUCUCUCUCACCGAGAUCCCAACUCUGAUCAAGCUCCGUGCUGUCACACACUCGGGUUCAGACUCCCUUGCUAGCCGAAUUGGCGGCCGUCUGGGUGAGCACGACUGCAAAAAGGUCGAGGAGGUCAUCGCAUUCCUCUCGUAGAUCACUCAGCGAGCCUGUAGACCGUCCGGCUGUUGUUGCUACAUCGUCUUUGCAUCCUACAGCAUCAUCUCGGGGGCCCGAAUCCCGGCGGAGGAGCAAAGCCAGGCGGUGGUGCGAAUCCGGGCGGAGGCUGGAAACCGGGUGGUGGACCCAUAGGGAAGCCUGUGCGCAGCUUUGUUAGCCUUGUGAUGCUGACAAGAGCGCGAGGGGAACGGCUCACCUGGCGGUGGCAUGCCUGGCAUUCCAGGUGGUGGCAUGAAGGACAUGGGCGCGCCUCGCAUCAUAGGCGGCGGUACUCCCGCUAGCGUCACACAGUCAGAGUAUCAGCACUGUCGCAUAGACCGACCGAAAGAGACUGACGAGGAGCCACCAUGCCCAUGCCACGACCUGCAGGUGCGCCUCUUCCUCCGCCGGCAAUGAGCUUGGAGGCCGUGUCUG